GGGGAGCGGGCUAUGGUGGGAGGAGCUUAGGGAGUCGUUGGCCUCCGCCUACACCUCGGUUUCAUUUUGAAUGGUUGCGCUGAUCUGAGCUUGUUUGGUGACGGUUUAUUGGCCCGGCUGUGGCCGCGGGGCGGAAAUGACAUUCCACAUAAGGACUUGCUCUCCUGCGCUGUCAAUAAAUCGUAGUUCUGAGGCGCAAUUAGCGCCUGGAACUAUUUCGGCGGCGUGUUAGUGAGAUGCUUCCGCGCAUUGAACAUUAGCGAAAACUAUGGAUUCUUCUUGCCACAGUCAAGUCCUGCUCCAGCAGCUGAAUAUGCAGCGUGAGUUUGGAUUUCUUUGUGACUGCACAGUUGCAAUUGGAGAUGUAUAUUUUAAAGCCCACAGAGCAGUUCUUGCAGCAUUUUCCAACUACUUCAAGAUGAUCUUCAUCCAUCAGUCCAGUGAGUGUAUAAAGAUUCAGCCAACGGAUAUUCAGCCUGACAUAUUCAGUUACCUUUUGCAUGUCAUGUACACUGGAAGAUGCCCAAAACAGUCAGUGGAUCAUGUCCGUUUAGAUGAAGGAAUAAGAUUUCUCCAUGCAAACCUUCUGACACUUUCUGCCAACGAGCCAAUCAAAAUGUUUUCAGCUGAAACGGUACAGUCUUCUAAUUUAUAUGGGAUCCAGAUUUCAACAGCUCAAAAGCCAGAGAAGGAAAAAAUCACUUUGAGAGAAAAUCCCACAACCACCAUGAUGUCUUCUCCAGAAGAAGAACGCCCCCAGUUACAGCUGUCACUUGCUAUUGGACUUGAAGGUGUCAGUCAGGAACAGCAAAGCUCAAAUUUCCCUGUACAGUUUGGUAGCAGUUUGAAGUCAUUAGAAGAGUUUCAGAAAACAACAGUGUUCAUAAAGGAGGAAACGUGUGACCCUGAAGCUUCAAGAUCACCUCCAGAAGAUGAAGAAUCUACUUUCACAAAAACUUCCAAUAAAAAUCAUUCCUGCCAUUACUGUGGUGAGAAGUUUCAAUCUCGGGGGAUUUUAAGGGAUCACCUGCAUAUACAUGUAUCUGAAUCCCUCCCAUUUGGUGUCCCUGCAUCUAUCCUAGAGAGUGAUGACUUGGGAGAAGUCCGUCCAAUACUAGAAAACAUAGAGAAUACAGAAAGCUUCAGGCUUGGCAACAUCCUUCUAAACAAAAGUGAAGAGUCAUGUCAAAACUCAAGCCAGCCAGAGCAGUUGCAGCUCAACCAACUUUCUUUGCUGUCAAAAGAAGCAGAUCCCAUUGAAUUAAACUGCAACUUUUCAUUAUUACGCAAAAGAAAACUGAGUUGCACAUUGUGUGGACACAGAUUUCUCAGUAGAAGUCAGCUGCUGGAACACCUGUAUGCACACAAAAUAAAGCCACAUAAAUAUGGCAGGUACCAAAGAAUCGGAAGAAGUCAGACUUUACAGACAUACAGCAACAGUCUUACUGAAAACACACAAAGCCAACUGGAGACAUCACAGGAGUUUCUUGAGGAACUUGAAUCAAGUGUUCCCAAAGGACAAGCAGAAGCUGUUUUGGUAGAUUAAUGGGUUCUAUAGACAAUUGUGGAUGGCUGUAUUUAUUUAUUGUACGUUUGGUUUUAGUUUUUUUCAGAAAAGAUUGAGAUAAAUUUGGACUUUGAUAAAUAACCCCCUUAGAGUUGAUGCAUUUAAUUAGAAAUAUACGGCAACAUGUAUGCACUCAUUAUGAUUCCACAGCAUGGAACAAAUUAUUUGAGCAGCCGAAUGGUUUCACCAGAACAUUGUCCUGGUUAAUAUAUGCAAACUGAUGUCCCUAAAUUGUACAUAUAUGAUAGUGUCAUAACUGGGAAUUAUAAUAUCUGUUAAAUAUAUAUGACUAAUUAA